AUGAGAACUUUAAUAAGAAACUUUGAUACAGUGUCUCAUAAUGCUUAGAGACUUGGCAAGAUGGCAAGUCUUUUCGGCAUUCCUUUGAUAUCUACUGCUUAGACUGCAAAAGUUUUUGGUCCUACUAUCAAAGAACUAAAUGAUGUCUACGCUACUUUUCCAGAAACAAAUAAGCCAGCUUAGUUUGAAAAAAUUACAUUCUCUAUGAUUGAUGAACAGGUUAGGAAACAUUUCUCAUAGUUCGAGAAAAGUUCAGUAGUCUUAUAUGGAGUUGAAGCUCACAUUUGUGUCAAGCAAACUUGCCUUGAUUUGUUAGAUAUGGGAUAUGAUGUGCAUUUGGUUAUUGAUUCUGUGAGUUCUAUGAGUUAUCACGAUAGAACUGUAGGAAUUGAGAGUCUGAGAGAUGCUGGUGCCUAUAUUACUACUUUCCAGAGUUUGGCUUUUGAAUUAGCUAGAAGUCCAGAGGUUCAAGUAUAUAAGGACUUGCUAAAGUUGAUUAAGGAUAUGCCAAAAGAACAUCUAUCCCUUUAUCACGAUCAACAGUAAGCAAGUAAAUUGUGA